AUGAAGUUGCGUCGUUUCCUCCUACGUUACUAUCCACCAGGUAUCGUCCUAGAGUAUCAGAGACGGAAUGGCGAUAUAGAGACUAAAUCUAUUGAUCUUUUGACAUUAAAGCCAGAGUGUGACGUCGAUGCAUUAGUCGAUAGGAUCAUCCUUGAGGAACCUCUGUUAUCCGAUAGCAAAAAGGGUGUUGUUCGUAGGAUGAUAUACAAACUGAUGGAUAAGCUAGAGAAUCAGAAUAAAACCCGCAAGUUCUACCUAUAUAAAAUCUUGAGAGCCCAUAUCCUACCGUUAACUAACUGUGCUUUCAAUAAGUCGGGAUCCAAGUUCAUUACGGGCAGUUAUGAUCGUACCUGCCGAAUUUGGGAUACAAUCACUGGGGAUGAGCUUGUGAGUCUAGAGGGCCAUAGGAAUGUUGUCUAUGCGUUAGCAUUUAAUAAUCCAUUCGGGGACAAGAUACUCACUGGUAGCUUUGAUAAAACUGCGCGGAUAUGGGAUACACAAACUGGUCAGUGUCUACAUGUCCUAGUUGGACAUACUACGGAGAUCGUCUGUGUAGCCUUCUGCCCUCGAGGUGCAGUAGCAGCUACGGGUAGUAUGGACAGGACGGCUAAGCUAUGGUGUGUGGAUACAGGUACUAUCAUGGCAACACUAGAGGGUCAUACGGCAGAGAUAGUGAGUUUAGCAUUCAAUACUGAGGGUACUAGAAUGCUCACAGGUUCCUUCGACAAUACUGCGAGACUAUGGGACGUAUCAACAGGGACGUGUCUGCAUGUCCUCGCUAGUCACAGUGGGGAGAUUGCAGCCGCACAGUUUGACUUUACAGGAGACCUUAUUGUAACUGGAAGCAUUGACAGAACAUGCAAAGUAUGGGACGGUAAUACAGGACAGCUAUUGGACACUCUAAAGGGCCAUCAGGACGAAGUCUUGGAUGUUGUCUUUAAUUCGACCGGCUCGAGAAUUGCUACGGCGUCGGCUGAUGGGACAGCAAAAGUGUAUGAUAUAGAGAGAGGCAGGUGCGUGGCGACUUUGGUAGGACAUGAAAGUGAGAUCUCUAAGGUCCAGUUUAGUCCUACUGGUUGCCAAGUACUUACAGCUGCUAGCGACCAUACCUGCAGGAUUUGGGAUUCUAUUACUGGUCAAUGCUUACAGGUGCUAGAAGGACACACUGACGAGGUCUUCAGCUGUGCUUACAACUACGAAGGUCUUGGUGGGGGUUAUCUUGAACCCAUGUUCGUCUAUUGUAGGUGA